AUGAACGUCAUAUUCGAAAACACGCCCAUGGCGGACUAUCUACAACAAGCAGACAACCCGGGGAUGGCCGACUGGGGCCUGGACGACGAGUACGACUUUGACAGUAGCGAUGAGGACCUUCUCCAGAGCUAUGAGGGAAGAAGGUCCUACGAGAAGGACCCCAACGUGGAGGAAAACUUGCGAAGGAUUGAUGAAGAAGACGAGUACGACACAGAUACCAAUACAGAAAAUGUCUCGUCGCCAGAGCAACAACCGUCACAACACCCGCAAUCACACCCGCAAAACACGCAACGCAAGCACAGAAGAUUCGCCUCAACCUCAGCUAUUCAACCGCUACAUUCGGCAAACGAGAAUCUCAUGAAGCGAGAACGCUUUCAACUGUUGCUAGCCGGUGCGCUACGACAAUCCCUUCCGUUGGUGGAGAACAACAGGUUCCUUGAAAAAUUCAGAUACAUUGUGGUUACGUCCCAGCUCCUGUCAGAACAGCCACCAGUGUCCAGCAAAACACCCAACUUUCCCGACGACAAGGACCUUCUGCCGGAAACUACAUGGGCGACCAGCGGCGGUUGCGUGGUGGUAGUGGUGGGACUUUUUUCUUGGGCAGUUCGUAAAAAGGCUAUCUUCGAGGGGAAAGCACGUGCCAUGGCCUCCUUUGUCGCCACCUUGUGUUUAGUGAUCUUCAUGUACGCGCAUUCGCGUCGAAGAUUACUGCGCAUUAUUCGAAUUAAGGCUGUUCAGUCUGCUCGGCAGUUUGUUCUCAGUUCACAGGGAUUUGAUGCUGCUGUACACAAGAGUUUGGGUGUUAUUCACGAGGUGGAGUUCCUCUCCAAGGGUUUCUCGUUUCCUCAAAAGACUGUGGAAGGCACAGACCUUGACGUUAGACUGUGUAAGCAGCUGCGCGCGGCUCUCUCAGCCUCUCUCUACCUUAGCAUUUCCUCUUUGACCCGGUCCAUCCGUAAGAUGCUGAACCACUGUCACAAGCUUGACCUGGAAAAGUAUCUCGACAUCUAUGAGGUCGAUGUUAUGGACCUCAGUCUCUUCGUUGAAGAUGAUGGACCCAUUCCCGAGCAUGAUUUCACGGCAUCGUCGCCAGUCGAGGCACUUCGAAACAUGGUUGACGUUCCCGAGGCCGACUUCUACGGCUCCAAGGGUGCCAAUCACUCCCACAAGAACCUCAAGUUCUACCACUACAAGUUCCAUCUGCUUCGACGUGUCAUGCUAUGCUGUCUACUGUCUAUGACUGCAAGUGGCACUGAUGGAAGCGAAUACACGCAGUGGAAGUUGGUGUCUGGGGAACUGUCCCGGUCUGAGAAGCUACUGCGGCAACUGGACGAGUCCCUUGUCGAUACCAUUUACGGACUUGACCAUGACGCCAAGCUACUCAGUCAUUCAAGAUCAGAUUCCCUGUUUGGCAAAGUCAUUGAUUCACGAAAGGGCAGACGCCUUUCUUCUUUCAACCUUCUUUCAGAGCCUUCGUCGGCUGCAUCAGAGCCCUCUAAGGAAGUCCAACAGCAUCUUAAGCAGCUUUCUCGUCUUUCCUCGACUCUCAGACAGAUUGAGGGACGUAUGCAAAUUGCCCGUGAAGGCUCCAUGUCUCACAUUGAGAGCGCUUCAGCCGACGAACUCCUUACUAACUACCGUACUCUUGGAGAUGACAUCCAGUCACUGGCCAGCAUCUGGCAGGGUGGGAUGUCUUCUCUAGAGGCCAAGCUCAAAAACCCUUCUACCUCCCGCGCAGAAAAGACGCUGUCCUUCAUUGAAAAGCAGCGCCAUCUUUCUGAUGCCACCGUGGAUACACUAGCGUCUCCGUUGUUGCAGCAGCUAGCCUCUUUAGGCUCUCCUGUGCAUAACAAUGACUACUCCACGGUAUCUCAGGCUACCACUCUUGCCGAAUUUGAAGAUGAUGUCCAUGGACCCGCCGCCAAGCAGUCAGCUCUGUCCAACACAUAUCGGGCACUUUGUGGCGACUCGACGCCCGUCUCUUCUCCACCCAUGUCUCCUACCAUGCUUGAGGACGAAAAUGGUAUUCCCAUUCAAUACUCUCAGUUUGGUAAAAGACGAUCCUUCCAUCAACGUGACAUGUCGCUGACCACCAUCCUUGAAGGUAUAGCUAACAAGGACAAGGGAAAGGGACUGGGCAUCGAUACUUCUGGAACUGUUCAUGAGCAGCGAGAGAAGCGCAUCGCCCGUAUGAAAGAGGAGCGAGAACGAGAAGUUGACAAUCGUGCUGCCGCUAAUAGGCGAGGCAGUGUCAUGCUGGAGCUCAAAACGGUCCUCGAAAACCGUUGA